AUGAAGUCCUCCACCCCAUCUCUGCCACUGGCAGCACUUCUCUUCGCUACCUCCUCGUUGGCAUGGCUGCCGUCUUGUACAUGGUCUGAUUGCAUGGGAAGCUGGGAUGGCUCUUCUUGCAGCUCCAGCAACGGCUGGAAUUGCCUGUGCUCCAAUCAAACCGCCAUCUCUCAACUGAAUACUUGUGUUGCGACUUCGUGCACCAACUCCACCGACCAAGAAGCCAUCUAUGGCGCUGUCGCUCAGCUUUGUGCCAAUGCUGGUGUGACCGUCACCAAUUCCCAACAAGCCACUUUCAGCGCUACUUCCGGAGGUUCCGCGUGGCCGUCUCAGAUCACCGCCGGCCCCGGCUGGGGUCCUGGUGGUAACUGGAACUCUGGUCAAUGGUCGAGCUGGGUCUCUGCUUGCUCGACUGGUUUGCCUUCUGCUCCCUCCGGCUGGGGUGGCAAUGGCGCAUGGGGUGGUCCCGGCAUGUGGGGAGGUCAUGGUGGCCGUGGUGGUGGCCCCGGUGGUCCUGGAGGAUGGGGUCCAUGGGGAACCAAGGCCAGCGGUGUCAAUUGCGAUUCAUGGACUACAUGGACUGCUGGCUGGGGCCCCUUCUCUACCUGGACAGGUACUUGGUCUGGCUGCAGUACAACAACCGCCUCACCCUCUCCUGCCACAGUCACAACCACUGUCACGACUGGUGGAUCGACCCAGGUCAUCACCGGCACUACGUUUGGCAUUCAAGCCGUGCAAGCUGCCUCGACCAGCAAAAGCUCCGACAAUGCCGCUCCUUCGCUGCGAGGCGUAGGGGCUUGCGGAGCUCUCGUUGCGGCCAUCUUUGCGACGAUGCUUGCGUUGUAA